AUGAGGCGGCCCCGUGGUUGGUUCGCCCUCGCCGGCUUUCUGUCUCCUCGGCUCGGCGGUGGCCCUGGGCUGCCCCGCGUCGGAGAGGGCGUUGAACCGCAGCCUCGCCUCGCCUCCGCCCGCUCCCCAGCCGCAGUGGCCGCUCCUCCGCUUCAUUCCGUCUUAGCGGAGGGCGAAGCGAGUGGCUGCUGCUCCCGCCGCCUUUUUGCGCGCUCCUGGACCCUUCUUUCCAAAAAGCAGCAGGUUCCUGGCAUGGCCGUGGCUUGAGAGCGGCGUGGAAAGAUGCUCGCGGGGAGGCAGCACCACCAGCAGCAGCACCGGCCGGGUGGCUGGGACCGCUGCAGGGUCAGCGAGAGACUGCAAGCCGCCCUGGCCGGCCUCCAGGAACUCCAGGUGCUGCGGGAAAAACAGCGGGCGCUGGUGAGCGAGGCUUUGGCCAUGCAGCGCCCAGCCGAGGAGAGCCAGGCACAGAACAAGGAGCAGCGCUUGGAAGCCACCCUCACCGCCCUGAAGGAGCAACUGUCACGGCUGAGGAGACAAGAUGUGGGACUGAAAACUCAUCUGGAUCAAUUGGACCAGCAGAUCAGUGAACUGAAGUUGGAUGUCGGCAAAACUUCCAUUGAAUAUCUUGAUAGUGAUAGUAGGCCCAGUUCAGGUUUUUAUGAUCUGAGUGAUGGUGGCUCCUGCUCUCUGUCUAAUUCCUGCACAUCUGUCUUCAGUGAAUCCAUUUCCUCCUCCCAUGCCAGUUUGUUACCAAGUUCUCAGCUCUCCAAAACCCAUCUUAGCAUCUUUGAUUACCGACCCAAAUCUGCAGAUGAAACCACAGUGCGCACCCAGUUCCAACAGGAGGGACCUCAUAACAGUGAUGGAUGCCAAAGCAAAGCUUGCCUAGAUGUUUCAGGCACUCCAAGCAAGUCCAGACCAAGGCCUGUUUCUACUGGUGACCUUGAAAGACUCAGCGUCGUGGAUGCCGGAUUUCCAAAAGUCACUGACCUCAAGGCCUCUACCCAGCUUGGUUCAGGAGGGGAAGUCCAAUUUUAUUGCAUGGACCCCAAAUACCAAAGCAAUUUGGUCUCUAAAAGUGGGAACGAUGUGUAUCCUUAUCCUAGCCCUCUUCAUGCGGUUGCUUUACAGAGUCCCCUUUUCUCCCUGGCAGAAACAGAGGGCCGCCCUUUAUUUAAAGGUGCACCUCAUUUCAUGGGGCCCAGCUUGAUUAAGACUCGGCCACUUAUGGAACUCAGGCCAGGGGGUUAUAUCAACAAACUGCUGCAGCUGACACGCAGCAAAGGAAACUAUCCUGCCAGCUAUCCUGCCGAGUUCAGUGAGAAAGGUCCAGCAAAGAAUCAGCCACUCACAAUGCUCCAGAGACUCAUUAUUAUCCCCAGUCCUGGUGGAGUGAAAAUUAACAGCAGCAGCAGCAGCCAGCUGGAAAAACAGGGGGCCCCACUGUCUUGCAAUAAAGGCGAUGGGAAGCCACCAAGGGACGGGCCUGAAGGGGAAUGUGCCAAACAGCCGGAGACGGUGCAUUGUGCGAAUAUAGAGCAGGCAGCUUCCCUGGCUGACACAGAGUCUUCCCCGGCUGUGAAUGGCUGUUAUCCCGCUAAGCCAUCUGUGUGGGACUCUCCUGUCACUGAGGCUGGGGAAAGCAGCCUGGAACGCAGCUCUUCCUGCUCACCGUUUGGAGUUGAUGAUUCCAACUUGAGCCUCCCAAACACGUGGGGUGCUUCAGCCAAAAAAUCUCACAAGAAAUCUCCGAGAGCCGUAAACCCUGAAGAACCCGAGUCUGUGCCCCAGGAGGAGUUGGUUCACGCCAAGUUUGUCCCUACCGAGUCCCAUCAAGUUCGAGUCAGGUUUGCCAAUUCUAAGGUGAAGCCUGUGAAGAUGAAGAGGAGGAAUAGUGAGAAGUUGCUGAGGCCGGGCAGGCAGGUGCUUUAUGUGGAGAAGCCACAUGGGGUUCACCAGCUUGCUGCCAAGUUGCCACUUGAGUGGAGUUUGUCUCAGAGACAGCUCAGAGGAAGGCAUCUAAUUCGGAGGCCGACCUUUGCAGGGGAAAGCACCGGGAGAUCUUGCUCUGAGUCCAGUCUGUAUCCUGUGCCAUUCGGGAUCCCUCAAACACUAUCCAGGUCUGAACUCUGCAGAGCAUCUGCUAAUGGUAUGUAUUCUCUUGAAGCAGCUUAUUCUGACCCAAUGCUUAAAAAAAAGCAGCGCAAAUGGCAAUCCACAGUGGAGAUCUCGGCAAAAACCCAAGUUUCCAGCCUUUCUAGCACCCUUGCCUUGGGACCACCAAAACAGGGAAGGAGAGCGGGGAUUUUGCGUACUGUAACCAUGAGAGCCGAGUCCAAAAAAAGCCUCCCUCUUCAUCCAGGGGCCUAUGCCAAAAGUGAGUCUGACCAUUCAGAGUAUUCUGCUGAAUGUGCAUCACUUUUCCACUCCACCAUUGCAGAGACCAGUGAAGGAGAAAUUAGUGACUAUACAACCAACCGCUUUGGUGACAGUGAAUCCAGUGAUAGUGAUUCAGAGGAGGGUAGUAGCAGCAGUGGCAGCAGCCUGACUCUUGAUUAUGCUGAUGAGAUCCAUGAGCAUGAAAUGAUCUGGCCCACAUCUACGGGCAAGCAAGCAGCAGCAGCCGGUCAAGUUUUGGCCAAGCCUCUACCACCGGUGCCCAAACUCUGCCGCAUCAAGGCAUCAAAGGCUCUCAAGAAGAAAAUUAGGAGAUUCCAACCUAAUUCCCUGAAAGUGAUGACCAUGGUUUAAAAGGAGAGGAAGAUUGUUCGGUCAGCUGCUUGUGUCCCUGUUCGCAAAGCCAAGGAAGAUUGGUACUGUAAAGGAUUCCUGGAUCCUAGAUUUCAAGUCAAGGUGGUCGUUGUUGUUGGGUUUUGUUUUUGUUUUUUGCAUUUGUUUAAUGCCUGUCUAAAUAACACUGUGUUCCUUUUUCUGUUCUGUAAGUGUGUUUCCGUGGCUUCAUACCUACCCUACGUCAUUCCAUUCUAAUAGCUACUAAGUGUUUAGAUUAUGUGUCCCAUUCAUCCAAGUCCUGAUGAAUUGAGGGAAGAAUGCAUAGCCUAUAAUGCAUGGGGGAGAUUUCCCAAGGUUGGCAGGUGUGUUUGUCUACGUGUGUAAGAUUGCUUUCUUGCCAGAGAUGGCACUGCAACGUGUUUCUUGGAAGAUCACUCAUCGUCAAAAGAGCUCACCUUCUCAUCUUCUCUUUCCCCAUGGUCAUCCAUAUUAAUGAGCAGCAAGGCAAGAUACGGAUUGAGAAAAUGAACAAUAAUAAUCAUUAUCAACAUGGCUUAUUCAGUAACACUUGUCAUUCGUUUCAGUUUUCUGGGGUCAGAGAGUUGUGCAUGGCUCAGAGGAAGGUUUGGAUAUGAUUCUUGGCCAUUUCUAAAUUCAGAAGAUUAAAUAAUGUUCUACAAUAUAGAAUACCAUCUUUUGAUAUUGAGAUGUUUGCAUCUUCUGGACUGGGUAAACCACCCCAAACUGUGCCACAGCACAUUACCAGCUCAGAUUUAUUGCAGGCUCAAUAAAUGUUAUGAUCUACAAAGAUGUAAAAAAGCUGUCUCACUUUAUUUAAAGCAAAAGGUUUUCCUAAUUUUGUUCAGAGGCUGCUCAUAGUUACUUUGGUGACCAAGCUUUUUCUCAGUGGAUAUGUUUGAAAUGAAUUGGGUGCUACGUGGGUCAUAACACUUGGUCCCUACACUGCUAAAGCCACAUGAAUUCCUGGUGUGAUUGUAUUCUUUUCAGAAGAAAAAUACUACCAAAUGCUAGAUGCUGCAUUUAAGGAUUGUGCUUGAAUUCAGUGCUGCAGCAAUUUUUUCUUUAAUCCACAGAUAAAAUGCAUGGACAAAUGUACCCAAACUGAUGUGAUAAGUUUAAGAUUAAUACCCCUGUUUUUUUUUCUAACUGAUGGAUAGAUUUUAAAGCAUUUCUCACCCAUUUUACUGUGGAUGAGGUUUAUCCAUUCAUAAAAUGGGUGCAAUUGGUAAUUAAUAAGCUACAAAAGCACUAAUAUGCUAGAACUGGGGUUCCCCAUGCUGGGUAGGGAAUUCUGGGACUUAAAGUCCACAACACAAGUCUUAAAGUUGCCAAGUUUGGAGAGCCCUGUCUUAGAAAACUCUACCACACUUUCUAGUUGUCUCCUCACUCUCACCCUUCACAAGGAUGUUACAAUAAUAUUCCAGUUUUCCUUUUCCUUGGGCAGGUGAUCUACUUGGAAAUAAAGCACAUACACCUAUAUACAGAAACAACACACUUUUAUUUUCUGCAAAAAUAUAUAAGUGAUUAUUUGGAACAGAGGGGCAGGUACGAAGCUGGGAAUAAAACAUGGUGCCAGAAUUUGGUACUUUUCUUCAUAGCAUGCCCAAUUCCUAUUUGUGAGCACACUAUCGGGCACCCUCAACACUGAUUAUAGCAGUACUGUGAGCAAAGUGAGGCUCUUCCUUUUACAUAAAAGUAGAUCUAUCUAUUUCUUACGGUAUUUUUUAUACAAGAAGAGUAUAGUAGUGAGAAAGCUUGUAAUCAA